AUGCUUUUAUUGAGAAAAUUUACCAGAAUUCGACGUUGGAGGCGAAGUAUAAAAUGGUAUUGGAUGUCGUGGACCGCUCUGCUUUUGGGUAUACUUUUUAUAAGCUUUCAAAUUCAACAUCCGAUGUACUUUCGUAAAUUCCGCAACGUGAAAAUGUCUAGAGAAUGUAGUUCGCGGGAAAUUUUAGAAGAAUUAGUUUAUUUGACAAAGGAUAUUCAUGAAAUUUUAUCUGGAUUAAACUUAACGGAUUUUUUACUCUAUGGCUCCCACUGGGGGGCGAUACGUGUCGGGGGGCCACUCCCUUGGGACGAUGACGUAGACCUGGGUUUAAUUGCUGAUAGUAAUUAUAUAUUGUUAACUGAAGAUGAGUUUGUUAAUGAAUUUACGAGCCGCGGUAUGACGGUAACGAACAACAUGGCACAGAAGACGUCGCUUAAGGUUACCCGUGGUAUUGCUAACGUGGACGUGAUUGUAUACUACGAUUAUAAUGGGCUCAUGAAACGCCAAGGCUGGGAGCCCUUUUUGAUACCCGUGCAUUAUCGAUUACAUCAUAGCUUUCCAACGUGGGUUGUCAAGACACCUCCGGCGCUUCCGACAAUGCGGUUUGGAGUCUUCAAUAUGAGCGUGCCACGGGGCGAACGUGAAGUUAUGAAGUAUUUGUACCGUUAUAACUGGUGGCAAGAUUUUGAACCAGAAGGAGACUGUGAUGUUAUACAAUGGUAG